AUGGCAAACAUACCGGCGAAGAUGAUAAGCUCUUCUGAAGCGGUUAUUGAAGCAAUCAAAGUCGGUUAUCGUCACUUUGACACCGCAACACUCUACCAAACUGAGAAACCUAUUGGAGAAGCCAUCACAGAAGCUCUGAGAUUGGGUUUCAUCAAGUCUCGUGAUGAGCUUUUCAUUACAACCAAGCUUUGGUGUAGUUCCACUGAGCGCCAUCUUGUCAUACCUGCCAUGAAGGAGAGCCUUCGGUAA